AUGGUUAGCAGUCAUUAUCACCAACAGCUGAUCCAAUGUCAACAAACCUUUGAUAUCUGGUCGCAGUAUUUGCCGAAAUGCAUGGCCGAUGCCUUGAGCACCGGCUGCGACACGUUUAUCUCCUGCACAUCGAGCUCCUCAUAUGUGGGCAGUUGGACGUCAUCUGUGAUAGUCAUCACUUGGGAUCCGAUGGACACGAAGUCUUUUGCCAAAUGUUGUUGUGAACCAAAUUCAAUGCAAUUCACACUUCACUGCACGACUCACUCGUACGACAAUUACGUCCACAUUAACCAUACAUUCAGUGAAUACUGCGGUCAACAGAAUAUAGUGCAUGACUCCAAUUAUAAUCCAAAUGACAGGAAAUACUUGAAUGCCGGCGACAUCAGUGUUGUAGUUGUAUAUUUUGUCCUGGUAUUAGCCACCGGCUUUUAUUUUCGAAAGCUAUGUAUCGAUCAAAUAGAGGAACAAUUAGCGGAUAUUUUCUCGCCGGAAGAUAUAUGGUUUGGCUUCCGGUGUGUACCCAUUAUUAUAGUGGGUGCAUCAGUCUUUGCUUCAAAUAUAGGGUCCGAACAUUUUAUCGGAUUAGCUGGAUCAGGAGCUGCUUCUGGUAUAGGAGUGGGAGCUUUUGAAUUCAAUGCACUGAUUAUACUUCAAAUUACUGGCUGGAUAUUUUUGCCAGUGUUCAUCGCAAGUAGAGUUUGCACUUUACCCGAGUAUAUGUCAAAACGAUUUGGUGGCACCAGAAUAAGGACUUAUUUGGCAAUUCUAUCAAUGCUUUUAUAUAUCUUCACAAAAAUUUCAGUAAAUCUGUAUUCCGGUGGGAUAUUCAUUCAGCAAGCGUUGGGUUGGGACCUAUAUUUUAGUGUAAUCCUAUUGCUUGUUAUUACAUCGAUUUGUACGGUUACCGGUGGACUCACAGCAGUUAUAUAUACCGAUACUUUCCAAUGUUUUAUUAUGAUUAUCGGAGCUUCUGUUGUUGCAAUAAAAAGUCUCAUAGAAGUGGGAGGUUUGGGGGCAUUACAAGAGAAAUAUCUGAAAGCUAUUCCGUCGUCCAUACCGUCCAAUAAGUAUGAGUGCGCUGUCCCUAAGGAGCACUCUUUCCAAAUGCUGAGACCAUUGGACGACCCGGACAUGCCAUGGCUCGGGUAUUGGUGCGCUGACCAAAUGAUGGUUCAACGGCUAUUAGCUGCCAAAUCAUUAUCUCAUGCACAGGGAGGCACUAUAUUUGCAGGAUUCCUCAAAAUAUUCCCGCUAUUCUUGAUUAUAAUUCCCGGAAUGAUAAGCAGAGUUUUGUACACUGAUGAGGUUGCAUGUGUUGAUCCAAACAAGUGUAUGCAAUUCUGCAAUAGUCCGGUCAGUUGUUCAAACACAGCCUACCCUAAAUUAGUAUUGGGAUUAAUGCCCAGUCCUUUCAAAGGAUUAAUAUUAGCCGUAAUGUUGGCCGCAUUGAUGAGUGACUUGACCUCAAUAUUCAAUAGUUCGAGUACUUUAUUCACUUGUGAUAUCUGGCCAUUGAUUCGUAAGAAAGCAACACUCACUGAGCUUAUGAUUGUCGGCCGAUGUUUUGUGAUAGUAAUGGUUGUCAUUAGUAUUCUAUGGAUUCCAAUAAUACAAGAGAUGCAAAAUGGAGAGCUCUAUAUAUACAUCCAGGACAUUGCGGCCAACCUGUCCCCACCCAUUGCAGCCGUUUAUAUUCUGGCCAUUCUUUGGAAGAGACUCAACGAGUGCGGAGCCUUUUGGUCACUAAUUAUCGGAUUAAUAGCCGGAAUCAUUAGAUUAAUAUUGAAUCUAAUAUACAGAGAACCGGUUUGUGGGGAAUUAGAUUCUCGACCAAAUAUUCUUAAACUUCAUUACAUGUAUUUCGCAAUAAUUGUCUUUUGGUUAACAAUCUUUUCGGCGGUAAUAAUCAGCUUUAUUACAAAGAAAACGGAAGAAUUUAGGCUCAUAAGAACCACAUAUUGGACGCGAUUUGAUGAAAGAGAAAGAAGCGAUGAAAUGGAGAAUAUGAGGCAAAUUGAGUGCCAAAACAUCAACACUGAGAACAACAGCCAAACGAACGGAACUCUAAUGACAUUAAGCGCUGAUUAUGACAUCAAAGCAGCAAAAGAAUCUCAAAUGAAAAACUUUUUCCAAUGGUUUUGUGGAAUCAAUUACAAGAAACAGAACACACGUCAAGUGAACGAGAAUUUGGCGAACAUUUCAUCCAUUCAUCAAACAAAGAAUCAGAAGAGGAUUCUCACGAGUUGUGUGAUAGUCGUGAUCACUGUUGCGGUCACUCUAUUCAUAUAUUUUUCACUCCCAUUAAGUCUCCGGUAGUAACUCAAACUCAAACCCAUAUUACUGUCAAUAAAUUGCAUAAAUAUUUAUGGAAACAGUUAUUGUUUUAACACAAAAUC